CGGCGAAUACGCCACUGACUUCCACCACAUGGGAUACACAUUUGCUCAUCCUCUGUAUUAUUAAACAAUGGCGAUGAGAGUUAUAUUACUACUCGGAGUAGUGACAUUAGUCAUCUCAGCGCCUCAAAAGCCGGAUCAAGUGAUUGCAAUUAUUAAACAAGACUUUGAUCAGCAAGUCGAUGGCUCAUAUAAAUACAGUUAUGAGACUGAAAAUGGUAUCAAAGCUGAAGAGACAGGGACUCUCAAAAAGGCAACAGGACCGGAUGCAACUGAUGUAAUCGUGGCUCAGGGAGGAUUUAGUUACACUGCUCCAGAUGGCACUGUUAUCAACCUCAAUUAUAUAGCUGAUGACGAGAGCGGCUUCAGACCAGAGGGUGCGCAUUUACCAACAUCACCACCUAUUCCUCCAGCUAUACAGAAGGCACUUGACUACUUAGCAACUUUACCACCUUCGUCAUCAUCCAGAAACUGAUCUGCUGGUUUUCCCACUUGAUUAAAACAAAUGUCUGACGUAGCUGUCAACUGGACUUACGCUGCUUUGAAAAUAGCAUUGAUAUGUCAAUUAUGAUGGUUAGUAACGUUUGUAAAAAAUACCUUAAAAAAGGACCAUCAGAAUUAACACGCACAAAGGUUUGUUUACAAAGUAGUACAUGUAACUUUAUAUACAAAGCAAUAAAAAUAUAAAAAAUAAAUGUAUAUAUCCACUGAACUGUGAUAGAUAGUUAAGUAUUUGAAAGAACGAAGCCGUUUGUAUCAAUUACUAUUUAUUAUAUAA